AUGGCUUAUUCACUACUUUCUGAUUUGGAUGCUACUCGCGAAGACUGGCUGAUUAGAGUCCGAGUCUGCCGGCAGUGGGAGUUUAUUAAUUACAAGCGCAGCCCAGACAUGAUAAGCCUUGACAUGAUACUAAUUGAUGAAAAGGGAACUUUGAUGCACGCAAUAAUAUGGAAGAACCAAGUCAAUAAGUUUCGUGAUAAGUUGAGUGAAGGAUUUGCAGUCAUUAUUAGAAACUUCAAAGUUUCAGCAUUAACCGGUGACUACAGACCAGUACAGUCGAACUUUAAAAUAACAUUUUUGCGGAAAACUGCCAUCCAAAAACUUCAGGAUGAUAUUGUCCAUAUCCCUCAGAAUGGUUUUCAGUUUAUUCAACCAGAAAUUAUUCGCUCAAGGAUCAACAACAACAUUCUCCUGUCAGAAAGUGUGGGUUCAAAAUGGAAGAAGCGCGACAUACACAUUCUUACUGAUCCAGAGGAUCUGACUAUCAAAGCAAGGAUAACUUUGUGGAAGGACCAUGGCGAAUCACUUUACCCCUAUGUAUAUCCCAACGACUUUGGACCCUACAUUGUCAUUCUCACUGCUACAACGGUCAAAGAAUUCAGAGGCGAACUAACUUUUGCCACCACCGCUGCAAGUAAAAUUUAUGUCAAUCUUAAAAUGGACAACAUCACCGCCUUGCUUCAUAAAUUCUCAAAGAAGUCAGUUGAUGUUGUAACUAUUGCGAGUGGAAACUCAAGUAACGUUCCCAAUGCACAAGCUAUGUUUGAAAACAGGAUGACUGUUGCAGAAUUAUUAGAUUCUGAAUGGAGUCCCGACAUAGAGGAAUGUGUGGUUACACUCCGCGCGCAGAUCACUGCAAUAGAGAAUUUCUUUGAUUGGUAUUACAUUUCAUGUAACUUCUGCAACAAGAAAGUUGAAUCUUCAAAUGGUGUCUACACAUGCCAGAAGUGCAACAAACAAUGUGACUUACCAUUGAUUAGGUUUAAAAUCCACAUUAACGUCAAGGACAAUGGUGGGAACACUACUUUGGUCCUGUUUAAUGGAGUCGCUGAAAAACUUCUUGAUACUUCUGCCCACAAGUUGGUUAAUCGUUUGUCCAAAAGCGAGACUAAUAUACCGCCCCAGAUUCAAAGUCUUUGCGGGAUGGAAUUGGUCUUUAAACUCAAAUUGAGCAGUUUCAAUUUGAAAGAAGGGCUGGAAAACUAUACAGUCACAAAAGUUUAUGUGCCUGAUGAAGAAUUAGAAUUGCAGCACCGCAUAAACAAAGACAAAAGGGUUAAGGGUAAAGAGAAAUUUGAAGAUUCCACUGAACAAACAGACUUCAAUGCGGAAAGAUCAAACACAUACUACUCUAAAGAACUUUCUGAUGAAGAAGACACUUUUUUUCCCAAACAAAGAGUUUAUUCAAGAAAGUUGAAGAAGCGAAGGAACUUAUUUAUAGCUGACAGUGAAGAGAGUGAUGGUGACACCAUAAAAAGGACAAAGUAG